UUGAGGGUACCUUAGCCCUAGAGCCUCUUUAUAGAAAUGGCUGCCCUCCAGAACAACUCUCUGAGGAUUGUGCUGGUGGGGAAGACUGGCAGUGGAAAAAGUGCCACAGCAAAUACCAUCCUUGGGAGAAAAGAAUUCAAAUCUAAGAUUUCUGCCCACGCUGUCACCAAGAGAUGUCAGACAGCUUCCCGGACAUGGAAGGGGAGAGAACUUCUUGUUGUUGACACCCCGGGGCUCUUUGACACCAAGGACAGCCUGGACAUCACCUGCAGGGAAAUCAGCCGAUGUGUCCUCCAGUCCUGCCCCGGGCCUCAUGCCAUUAUCCUGGUUCUUCAGUUGGGCCGCCACACGGAUGAAGAGCAGAAAACCGUGGAGUUGAUCAAGGCUGUGUUUGGGGACUCAGCCAUGAAGCACAUGAUAAUCUUGUUCACGCGCAAAGAUGAUCUGGAGGACCAGAGCCUAAGUGACUUUAUAGCAGAUGUGGAUGGGAAGCUAAAGAGCCUCAUUCAGGAGUGUGGAGACCGUUACUGUGCCUUCAGUAACAGCUGCAAAACAGCCCAGGCUGAGAAGGAAGCCCAGGUGCAGGAGCUGGUGGAGCUGAUAGAGAAAAUGGUGCAGAGCAACGACGGGACCUACUUUUCUGACGCCAUAUACAGGGAGACAGAAGAAAGGCAGAGAAAGGAGGAAGAAGUCCUGAAGAAAAUCACUGAUCAGUUCGAAACAGAAAUUAAUGUAAUAGAAAAGGACACCAGUAUAUCACAGGAAGAAAAGGAUGAAAAAUUAAAGAGGCUAACAAUGGAGUAUAAUGAACAAAUGAAAAGUAAAAGAGAAAAAGCCGAGAGAAGUGUAUUAGAAGCAGUUAUCAAGGCAGUUAAAAAUGUGCUUUCAAAAAUAUGGGAAAUGUUUUGGAAGUAAUGUAAAUUUUAUUUUUCUUCUUAAUUCACUAUAACUUGUUAAUAUGGUAGAUCGUAUUUUCCAAAGAUGGCUAAAAUUGUAUCUUCUUGGAUGGACUUUGUGACUGCUUUGAUAAAUAGUGGAUGGGUGAAACAACACCAUAUGACUUCUAAGGUUAGAUAGAGAAAAUGCCUCCUUGCUCUCUUGAGAUGCUUGCCCUUGGAAUUUGGCCACCAUGUUGUAAAGAAGUCCAAUUUGCCUGUCAAGAAGCCCACAGGAAAAAGACAUGAAGUCACUGGCCCACUCUUCUGGCUGAUAUUUCAUCUGCCAGCUGGAACCAACUUGCCAGCCAUGCAAGCGAGGCAACACAGAAAUGGAUUCACCCACCACCAACUGAUGAAGCUUGCAAAGAGCAAAGAUGAGCCAUUUCCUGCUAGGACCUGCCCAAAUUGCAAAUUCAUGAGAAAAAUAAAUGGUUCUUGCUUUAAACCACAAA